AUGCCAUCCCCAAAGACAAGGGAGGUGCAUAGUUUCCUAGGAAAACUAAACUACAUUUUGAGAUUCAUCUCCAAUCUCAUUGCUAAAGCUGAGUCCAUUUUUAAACUACUCAAGAAGAAUAAUACCGCCCAAUGGGAUCAAGUUUGUCAAGAGGCCUUUGAAAAAAUUAAACGGUACCUGUCAAAUCCACCAAUAUUGGUUCCUCCAGUGACGGGAAGGCCGUUGAUUUUAUACAUGGCAGUUCAACAAAGUUCAAUGGGAUGUGUGCUCCGACAACACGAUGACGCGGGGAGAAAGGAAAGAGCCAUUUACUUUCUACGCAACAAAUUCAACGAAUGCGAGUCGAAAUACUCAUUCCUAGAGAAAACUUGUUACGCAUUGGCAUGGACGGCAAAUUGA